AUGUCCGCCGCCGCCCGCAGUGCCUCGGCCAACGUCGACUGGGCCAAGAUCUACAACUCGCUUGGCCUCAACAAGGAGACCCUUGCCCAGCUCCAGGCCUUCCGCGCGCGCAACACCUCGGCGUCGAACAAGAAUGCCGCGCUUAAGGCCUCGAUCCCCGAGAUCGACCUGAACCACUACAAGUCGGUGCUCAAGGACCAGCGCGCGGUUGAGCAGGCGUCCAAGAUUCUCGCCGACUUCAAGCCCGUCGACUACGACGUGAAGAAGUUUGACGAGAUCGUCGGCGCGUUCGAGAAGAAGGCCGUUGACGCCGCCAAGGCCACCGUCGCCAAGGUCUCGGCUGAGGAGGAGAGCCUCCGUGCUACCCUCAGCAACAUUAAGGACGCGCGCCCGUUCGAGGACCUUACCACUCUCGAGGUCGGCAAGGCUGCGCCCGAGGUCACCAAGGCGGUCGAGACGGCGAUCAAGAAGGGCCGCUGGACCGUGCCGGGAUACCGCGAGAUCUACGGCGAGCAGUCGUUGAUGUAA